AUGCUCCAAAUCCAAGGACAAAGGGCACCAGAACCAUUGCUACUCGUUCUUGCUGAUAAUUUAAACAUUUUGAACUCGGAUAGUAGUAAAAACAACAAUAACAAUGAUUGCGAUGUUAAUAGUAGGGAAAACAACGAUGAAGAUGAAGAAGAUGUGGCAGGGAAUACUGACGUCGAAAUGAAAAUCGAAGAAGGGGUGGGCAAAUGGCCCCGUAUCGAACGUCCCACUCCUAAAUAUGCGGACGGUCGGAGGAUUUCGGCUCCAGCAGUUCUAGCACACGGUCUUUUUGAAAUUCCAACGUCCUGUUCCGUCCAGAUUACUGUACUACAGCAACUUUUGGAUCGAAGUUCCAACCUGAGUCUAGAGCCGACGAACAGUCCGGAUUCUGGAGUUGGAAACGAUUCGACACCGGAGACAUCACCAUCCAGCUCAACUCGUCACGCUUUUGCUCCUCCUCCAAUUCGACCUACAGUAAUCUCAUCAGCUAUAGUACCCCCAGCAGGACAGCUCACGUGGCAACCAUCCACGAUAUGGCCAUGGAUGCAACAUUCCAAUACGGCAGAUGCCACCCAACGCUGGCUCCAAUCUGCUCUUCUCUGCCCAACGACAUCAUCUUCCCAUCCGAAUCUUCUCACAAUUCCACAACUACCACCUCCACCUGCACCUACAGCAGUCCCAGCUCCUCCACCACAAACUCUUCUUACUGCUGCUCCAUUUAUCAGUUCUACAGUGUUCACUCCAACUUGCGGCGAUCUUCUUACAACGUGUGCUCCAACGAAUCCGUCUCUUCUGCAUCCAUAUCUUCUGGAACCUCGUCGCUUCUCGGAGCCCAAUCCCACACUUUCAACUCAUCUGGCUCAGCGGAAUAGCAAUACAGGAAAAAAGCAGAAGGAGGGACAGGUGACCUACUUAUGGGAGUUUCUGCUCCGUCUACUCCAAGAUGAUCAAUACUCGCCAAAGUUCAUCAAAUGGAUAGACCAACAGAAGGGAGUGUUCAAGUUGGUGGAUUCGAAAGCAGUUAGCAGGCUAUGGGGAAUGCAUAAGAAUAAGCCAGGGAUGAAUUAUGAAACAAUGGGCAGAGCAUUGAGAUACUACUAUCAACGAGGUAUUCUUCAGAAAGUCGAUGGGCAAAGAUUAGUCUAUCGGUUUGUCCAUUUGCCGAGUGAUAUUGCUAGUGAAUGCGACUCUGCGUGUGAAAGUGCUGACUCAUGCCAAAGUGAAUCUCCGAAAAUCAGCCCAGUUCUGAACUCUCCAAUCAUUAAAAUCGAAGCGUCUGAUGAAGCUUGA